GGAGUGAAUUAUGGAGGGGGACUGAGUGUUGGUAGCUUGGCUGGUGGGAGCUUUGGAGGCGGUGUGGUUGGUGGUGGUCUUGGUGGCGACUGUUUGCUUUCAUCUUGUGAUGAGAAGGUCACCAUGCAAAAUCUCAAUGACCGCCUGGCUUCCUACCUGGACAAGGUGAAGUGCUUGGAGAAGGAAAAUGCUGAACUGGAAUGCAGAAUCAGAGAGUGGUAUGCGACACAGGGCCUCUCCUGCGAGCCCCGGGACUACAGCUGCUAUUACAAAGAAAUCGAAGAUCUUCAGAACCAGAUUGUCUGCGCAACCAUUGAUAACAACAAGAUCAUUCUGGACAUUGAUAACAGCAGGAUGGCUGCUGACGACUUCCGAGUGAAGUACGAGACGGAGCUGGCCCUGCGCCAGAGUGUGGAGGCUGACAUCAACGGCCUGCGGCAGGUCCUGGACCAGCUCACGCUCUGCAGGUCUGACCUGGAGGCGCUGGCGCUGGGGGAGGAGCUUUGCUGCCUCAAGAAGAACCAUGAGGAGGAGAUGAAUUGCCUGAGAAAACAAUACACUGGAGACGUGAGCGUGGAGGUCAAUGCCUGCCCUGGACCAGAUCUCAGGCAAAUCUUGGAGGAUUUGAGAUGCCAGUAUGAGACACUGAUAGCGCGCAACCGCAAGGAAGUUGAGGAUUGGUAUGAGUGUAAGAUUGAGGAGGUGAAUCGGGAGGUUAUUACAAGCGGUCAGGAGGUAGAGACAUGCAACAACCAGGUGACUGAACUGAGACGCCAAUUGCAAGCCCUGGAAAUCGAUCUCCAGGCUCAGCUCAGCCAGAGAAAUAAUUUGGAAUCCUCUCUGGCUGAGACUGAGUGCCAGUACAAUACCCUCCUCGGUGAGCUCCAGAACCAGAUCACGUGC